ACACACACACACACACACACACACACACACACACACACACACACACACACACACACACACACCGCACCAUGGCGUACAGGGACUCACAGGAGAGCAGCGGCUCUUCGUCCGAGGAGAUCUCGUGGAUCUCCUGGUUCUGCAGCUUGCGUGGGAAUGAGUUCUUCUGCGAGGUUGAGGAGAGCUUCAUCCAGGACAAAUUCAACUUGACAGGACUGUCCGAGAUGGUGCCACACUACAGACACGCGCUGGACAUGAUUCUUGACUUUGAGCAUGAAGAUGAGCUGCCGGAGGAACAGAUGCAAGACGUGGAGCAGGCUGCGGAGGUGCUGUACGGGCUGAUCCACGCCCGCUUCAUCUUGACAAACAGGGGUCUGCAGAAGAUGCUCGACAAGUACCUGUCUGGCGACUUUGGAAACUGCCCUCGUGUCCUGUGUGACGGCCAAACGGUUCUUCCUGUUGGCUUGUCUGACUGCCCUGGCGAGGCCACCGUGAAACUCUUCUGCCCGCGCUGUAACGACGUCUACGCUCCACGGUCGUCGCGUCAUCAGCACACGGAUGGCGUGUACUUUGGUACAUCGUUCCCGCACAUGCUCUUCGCCGUCAACCCGGAAUUCCGCCCGCCACAGCAAGACCCUCUGCCGAGGUACGAGCCGCGCAUCUACGGCUUCAAGCUGCACCCGACGGCAUACAAGCGCAUGCACGACCGCCGCGAGCAGGAGCGCAACAUGGAGCAGCGUGUCCGCCCGCGCAAGCACUAGCUCUCACCCCUCCCACGCCGCCGCUGUGCUUGAUGUCUCGGGGGCACUUGGUAUUGUGAUUAUCGUCUGUCGUCGUCGUCGUUGUUGUUGUUGGUGUGGUGACUACCCAUGACACGCGCUGUUGUGGUGUUGUGUGGCUUGCCGGCGUGCCCUGUUGCGACUGGUCGGCGGUGAUGCAUGUGGUGACGCGUGUGGUGUUGCACUUCCAUUCCCACCAGCCUAGCGCCCUUUACCCUCCCUCACUCGUUCUGCAUUUGCUGGCUGGCUUGGCGACGCUGUGCACUUGAAUUGGAUGUGCGAUUUCUCGAGCUUCACUUCUUUGUUGUCCAUCCCUUUUCCUCCUCUUGCUUGUCAUGUCAAUGCUGUAUGUGUGUUUGUGUGUGCGUGUGUGUUUGAUCAUAUUCGUGUAUCACGGUGUUAGGUGUGUUUCUAUGCACCCGUCACCUCCUCUGUGCUUGCUCGGCUGUCUGCCCACCGUGUGCUCGUGAUGUUGCUUGCAAGCAUGCGUCAGAUGCGGGGGCGGGGGCUCACUGCCGGCUGUUCUGCUGGUGCACGCAGCAAGCCUGACACUACAACUUGAACCCAAAACGUU